CAUACCGGCGCGAGAUUAUAGCUUACGGGUCAGCUGGCGAGUUGGUAUUAUUUGAACUUUUUUCCAAUGUUUAUAUCAUAAAAGCCGAAUGUCGGCAGACGUGUUAUACAGUAAGGGGGCUCGGAUAUGGAUGCCAGACCCUGUAAAUGUAUGGAAAGGAGCUGAAGUUGUUGAAGGGUUCAAAAAUAAUACUCUUGUAAUAGAAUAUGAAAAUGGUCAAAAAGAGACACUUAAAAUUACUUCAAAUGAUAAAUUGCCUCCUUUGCGUAAUCCUGAAAUUUUGGUAGGAGAAAAUGACUUGACAUCUUUAUCCUAUUUACAUGAACCGGCAGUUCUAUACAAUCUGCAAGUUCGUUUUUGUAAUCUCAAUGCUAUUUAUACAUAUUGUGGAAUUGUACUUGUUGCAAUUAAUCCAUAUGAAGAGCUUCCCAUAUAUGGAAAUGACACAAUUAUGGCUUAUCGUGGCCAAGCAAUGGGUGACCUUGAUCCACAUAUUUUUGCAGUUGCAGAAGAAGCAUAUACACAAAUGGAAAGAGAAAGUAAAAAUCAGUCUAUUAUUGUGAGUGGUGAAUCAGGAGCAGGAAAAACAGUUUCUGCAAAAUACGCAAUGAGGUACUUUGCUACUGUUGGGGGUUCUUCAACAGAAACCUGUAUUGAGAAAAAAGUAUUGGCUUCUAAUCCUAUUAUGGAAUCAAUUGGAAAUGCCAAGACCACAAGAAAUGAUAAUAGCUCAAGAUUUGGGAAGUACAUAGAAAUCGAUUUCAAUACUAAAUACAAUAUUGUUGGAGCAAAUAUGAGAACAUAUCUACUGGAGAAAUCUCGUGUUGUUUUUCAAGCUGCAGAUGAAAGAAAUUAUCAUAUAUUUUAUCAGCUUUGUGCUGCAUCAGAUUUAGAGGAACUUCGCAUUCUGAAAUUAGAUAAUUGUGAAAAAUUUCAUUACACUAAUCAAGGAGAGUCUCCUACGAUACCUAGUGUUAAUGAUGCUGCUUGCUUUCAAGAAACUAGAAAUGCAUUUAAUCUUUUAGGAUUUUCUGAUACGCAGCAAAUGAUGAUUUUUAGAAUACUUGCUUCAAUCCUUCAUCUUGGUAAUGUUAGAAUAAUUAGUGCAGAUUCAAGAGGAGAUAGUGAAAGCUGUAGCAUUUCUGAAAAUGAUCCUUUCAUCAAAGUUAUGUGUGAGUUAUUGGGCAUUGAUUGUGAUCAAAUGAGAAUAUGGCUAUGUAAUAGAAAAAUACAAAGCAUGAGAGAAAUAAUUACAAAACCAAUGAUUGCAGAACAAGCGAUAUGUACUCGAGACGCUUUAGCAAAACAUAUAUAUUCUCGCUUGUUCAAUUGGAUUGUGUCACAAAUAAAUAAAUCUUUGGCAUUGAGUGAUAAAAUUUAUCGUUUCAUUGGUGUACUGGAUAUUUAUGGAUUUGAAACAUUUGAAAUUAAUAGUUUUGAACAAUUUUGUAUCAAUUAUGCAAAUGAAAAACUUCAACAGCAGUUUAAUCUUCAUGUUUUUAAAUUGGAACAAGAAGAAUAUGUAAAGGAAAAAAUUGAAUGGAAAUUUAUUGAUUUUUAUGAUAAUCAACCUUGUAUUGAUCUUAUUGAAAGUAAAUUGGGAAUCUUAGAUUUGUUGGAUGAAGAGUGUAAGAUGCCUAAGGGUACAGAUCAAACAUGGUGUCAGAAAUUAUAUGACUGUUGUAAAAAAUGGAAACAUUUUGAUAAACCUCGUCUUUCUAAUACAGCAUUUAUAAUAAAACAUUUUGCUGAUGAUGUAAAGUAUGAAUGUUCUGGAUUUCUAGAAAAAAACAGAGAUACAGUGAUGGAGGAGCAUAUUAAUAUUUUAACUGCAAGUCAUUAUGAAUUGGUUGCUGAGUUAUUUGAAGAAGAUAAAUGCAAUAAAAAAUUAAAACCUGCAUCUUGGUCAAAGUCUUCAGCUCCAUCUAAAUCAUCUCAAAAACAACAUAAAAAAACUGUUGGAUCACAGUUUAGAGAAUCACUUGGAUUAUUAAUGUCAACAUUAAAUUCAACUACUCCCCAUUAUGUAAGAUGUAUAAAACCAAAUGAUGAUAAAGCUCAGUUUAAUUUUGAAUCUCGUCGAGCUGUGCAACAAUUGCGAGCUUGUGGUGUUCUUGAAACUGUUCGAAUUAGUGCUGCUGGCUUUCCAUCAAGAUGGUCAUAUCAGGAUUUUUUAAACAGAUACAGAGUAUUGACCCGUUCAAAAGACAUUAAGCGAAAUGAUAUGAAAACAACAUGUAAAACUAUACUAGAGAAUAUCAUAAAAAAACAAUUCAAGUUUGUGAUACAUUCAACUUUAACAGAGAGGAAGAAAUGGAGAUAAGAUUUUGUGUUUAGUAGUUUAUUUUGGUGAU